CCGCGCAGUGCCACGCCACGCCGGACCCCGAGCGGGAAGCCAGGCUGCGCGCGUCCAGCCGCGGCGCGGGGAGAGCCCGGAGGCGGGGGCCGGCAGGAGGACAGCGGCUGCAGGGCGGCCGGGGAGCAUGCCCGCGCAGCCCAGCUGAAUGGCGCCUUCUCUGCGACCCCUCGCCGGGCUGCGACCGCCAGGGAUGCUGCUCCGCGCGCUCCUGCUCCUGCUGCUCCUCGGCUCCGGUCCAGGAGUGUGGUGCUUUAGUGAACUGUUUUUUAUAAAAGAACCACAGGAUGUAACUGUCACAAGAAAGGACCCAGUCGUUUUAGAUUGCCAGGCUCAUGGAGAAGUUCCCAUUAAGGUCACAUGGUUGAAAAAUGGAGCAAAAGUGUCUGAAAAUAAACGGAUCCAGGUCCUGUCUAACGGCUCGUUAUACAUCAGUGAAGUGGAAGGCAAGCGAGGAGAGCAGUCUGAUGAAGGAUUUUAUCAGUGCUUGGCAGUGAACAAAUAUGGAGCCAUUCUUAGUCAAAAAGCACAUCUUACGUUGUCAACUAUUUCUGCAUUUGAAGUUCAGCCAGUUUCUACUGAGGUCCAUGAAGGUGGAGUUGCUAGAUUUGCAUGCAAGAUUUCUUCAAACCCUCCUGCAGUCAUAACAUGGGAAUUCAAUCGGACAACCCUACCUGUAACUUUAGACAGGAUAACAGCCCUACCAACAGGAGUAUUGCAGAUCUAUGAUGUUGGCCAAAGGGAUGCUGGAAAUUAUCGUUGUGUUGCUGCUACUGUGGCCCAUAGACGUAAAAGUAUGGAGGCCUCUCUAACAGUGAUUCCAGUUGAAGAGUCUACUUCCUUCUACACACCAACCAUUAUAGCAGGCCCACAGAACAUAACAACGUCUCUUCAUCAGACUGUUGUUUUGGAAUGCGUGGCCACGGGAAAUCCUAAACCAAUCAUUUCUUGGAGCCGCCUUGAUCAUAAGUCCAUUGAUGUCUUUAACACUCGGGUACUUGGAAAUGGUAAUCUCAUGAUAUCUGAUGUCAGACUGCAACAUGCUGGAGUGUACGUUUGUCGGGCCACAACCCCAGGCACACGCAACUUUACUGUUGCUAUGGCAACUUUAACUGUAUUAGCUCCUCCUUCAUUUGUUGAAUGGCCAGAAAGUUUAACAAGGCCUCGAGCUGGCACUGCUCGAUUUGUAUGUCAAGCAGAAGGAAUCCCCUCACCCAAAAUGUCAUGGUUGAAAAAUGGGAGGAAGAUACAUUCAAAUGGUAGAAUUAAAAUGUACAACAGUAAAUUGGUAAUUAACCAGAUUAUUCCUGAAGAUGAUGCCAUUUAUCAGUGCAUGGCUGAAAACAGCCAAGGAUCUAUUUUAUCUAGAGCCAGACUGACCGUAGUAAUGUCGGAAGACAGACCCAGUGCUCCCUACAAUGUGCAUGCUGAAACCAUGUCAAGUUCAGCCAUCCUUUUAGCUUGGGAGAGGCCACUUUAUAAUUCAGACAAAGUCAUCGCUUAUUCUGUGCACUAUAUGAAAGCAGAAGGUUUAAAUAAUGAAGAGUAUCAAGUAGUCAUUGGAAAUGACACAACUCAUUAUAUUAUUGAUGACUUGGAACCUGCUAGCAAUUACACUUUCUACAUCGUGGCAUAUAUGCCAAUGGGAGCCAGCCAGAUGUCUGACCACGUGACGCAGAAUACUUUAGAGGACGUUCCCUUGAGACCUCCUGAAAUUAGUUUGACAAGUCGAAGUCCUACUGACAUCCUCAUCUCCUGGCUGCCGAUCCCAGCCAAGUAUCGGCGGGGCCAAGUGGUCCUGUAUCGCCUGUCCUUCCGCCUCAGUACUGAGAAUUCCAUCCAAGUUCUGGAGCUCCCAGGGACCACACAUGAGUACCUUCUGGAGGGCUUGAAACCUGAUAGUGUCUACCUGGUGCGGAUCACUGCUGCCACCAGAGUAGGGCUGGGAGAGUCGUCAGUGUGGACUUCACAUCGGACACCCAAAGCCACAAGUGUGAAAGCCCCUAAGUCUCCAGAGUUACAUUUGGAGCCUCUGAAUUGUACCACCAUUUCUGUGAAGUGGCAGCAAGAUGCUGAGGACACAGCAGCCAUUCAGGGCUACAAACUGUACUACAAAGAAGAAGGGCAGCAGGAAAAUGGACCCAUUUUCUUAGACACCAGUGACCUUCUCUAUACUCUCAGUGGUUUAGACCCCAGAAGAAAAUACCACGUGAGGCUACUGGCUUACAACAACAUAGAAGAUGGCUAUCAGGCAGACCAGACAGUCAGCACUCCAGGAUGCGUGUCUGUUCGUGAUCGCAUGGUUCCUCCUCCACCACCACCCCACCAUCUCUAUGCGAAGGCUAACACCUCAUCUUCCAUCUUCCUGCACUGGAGGAGGCCUGCGUUCACCACUGCACAAAUAAUUAACUACACCAUCCGCUGUAACCCUGUCGGCCUGCAGAACGCUUCUUUGGUUCUAUACCUUCAAACAUCAGAAACUCACAUGUUAGUUCAGGGUCUAGAACCCAACACCAGAUAUGAAUUUGCUGUACGAUUGCAUGUGGAUCAGCUUUCCAGUCCCUGGAGCCCUGUUGUCUACCAUUCUACGCUUCCAGAAGCCCCAGCAGGCCCACCGGUUGGAGUAAAAGUGACCUUGAUAGAGGAUGACACUGCUCUGGUUUCUUGGAAACCGCCUGAUGGCCCAGAGACCGUGGUCACACGCUAUACCAUCUUGUAUGCAUCCAGGAAGGCCUGGAUUGCAGGAGAAUGGCAGGUCCUACACCGAGAAGGGGCAAUAACCAUGGCUUUGCUAGAAAACCUGGUGGCAGGAAAUGUGUACAUUGUCAAGAUAUCUGCAUCAAAUGAGGUGGGAGAAGGACCCUUUUCAAAUUCUGUGGAACUGGCAGUCCUUCCAAAGGAAACCUCUGAGUCAAAUCAGAGGCCCAAGCGUUUGGAUUCUGCUGAUGCCAAAGUUUAUUCAGGGUAUUACCAUCUGGACCAGAAAUCGAUGACUGGCAUUGCUGUGGGCGUUGGCAUAGCCUUGACCUGCAUCCUCAUCUGCAUUCUCAUCCUGAUAUACAGAAGUAAAGCCAGGAAAUCAUCUGCUUCCAAGACGGCACAGAAUGGAACUCAACAGUUACCUCGUACUAGUGCCUCCCUAGCCAGUGGAAAUGAAGUAGGAAAGAACCUAGAAGGAGCUGUAGAAAAUGAAGAAUCCUUAAUGCCAAUGAUAAUGCCAAACAGCUUCAUUGAUGCAAAGGGAGGAACUGAUCUUAUAAUUAAUAGCUAUGGUCCUAUAAUUAAAAACAACUCUAAGAAAAAAUGGCUUUUUUUCCAAGAUUCCAAGAAGACAAAAGUUGAACAGCCUCAAAGAAGAUUUGCUCAAGCGGUCUGCUUUUACCAGCCAGGCACUACUGUGUUAAUCAGCGAUGAAGACUCUCCCAGCUCCCCAGGUCAGACAACCAGCUUCCCAAGACCCUUUGGUGUUGUAGCUGAUACUGAGCAUUCAGCGAAUAGUGAAGGCAGCCACGAGACUGGGGAUUCUGGGAGGUUCUCCCACGAGUCCAAUGAUGAGAUACACUUGUCCUCAGUUAUAAGCACCACGCCCCUGACCUCCAGUUCCUUUGCUGGCAGUGAUUCAGGUGGAGAUCCCUCAGCGAGGAAGGGUGAAGACCCUGCAGUGCCGCUAGAUGCUGAGCAAAUGUCCCCUUCAGUUCUGCAGCCACCAUCGGCCAUGCUACGCUUUGAUAAGAAUGAUUUUCCAAUCUAGAGAGCCAUGUUCAGGUAUUCUCACCUUUAAGUCUGUUCGAAGGACAAUGAACAGGGAGCCAAAGCCUUUUGUGAAAAUUUGGAUGUCUUAUUGGGUAUUUCAGCUUUUUUUUUUGAAUGUGUUUUGUUUUUUAUUUUUAAACUCACGUAUUUUGAAUGUUUGUCAGCAAUGUGAAAAGACAGUCAAGAUAUUUGACUGGAUUAUAAAAUAUAUCACUGGAGCAAAGGGAAGACUUUUGAAAGCCCCUUUGCUGACUAUCUACCUCAGUUUGCCAGAUGGCAAACUCAGAAGACAACUUAGUUACCUCGUUUAUUGUGAUAGUUUAUCUCAGCUACAUAACCAAUGAUACUUCCUAGUAGCAUUUUGUUUUCAUUGCUGUGUGUGUAGUGUGUGUGAUCAAAGGAGUCAUAUAGGUAUAUGGGUAAGAAUGUUUAUCUGAAGCUCUGAUUUUUUUAAAGAAAGCUGUGACAUCUGCAUGGUUUGGAUAAUUUAAUACCUCUGGCUGUGCAGACUGUCAAACCACAGAGAAGAGAAAAAGUGGGACUGUUGAUUUUAAUGAAUGAUCAAAACAAAGAAAGUGUCUCUCUUUUGAGAAUAGAACUAUUCAGUAGCAUAUAGAGAAUACUAUUGUUUCAAGGGCCUUUAUGUUUUGGGCAUUAGAAUCUGAGUGCUUUAUCUGCUGUACCCCAACCUCAGCCUGCCUAGAGCCGUGCCUUUUCCCCCUUCCCCUUUGCCUGACAGUUGGCCAAAGGCCGCACUGUGUAGUUUGCAAAGCAUCCUCAACAUUUCCAGAAUUAGUUGUAAACCUCCAUGCAGAAAACAGAUUUUUAAAGAGAAUCAGUUAGGCUUUUGGUUUUGUUUUUAAUCCCACCUUGGCUUUAAAAAAAGGGGGGGUAAAGAAAUUUCAUAAAAUUUUAAGAAUAAAGAUAAAUGCAACAGUAGACCAUAAAAUGAACUAGAGGUUAUCAUGGUAACAGUGCCUUCUGUUUUAUAUUAUGAAAUUCUUUGCCUUAUACCUUUUUAAUAUUCAUGAAGUUAUUUAGGACAGGAAUACAAGAAGUUGCCUUAAGAGUUUCUUGGAUUUUAUCAGUAACUGUUUUUGAUGUAUAGCAUCUUAUCAAAGCAUUUUAGUUUGUUCUUAUGCAGAUUUUGUUUAGGGAUAAGUAUUCAGGGCUCUACCACCUUUCUUGUAUUUUCUUGAAUUCUUAAGAGAAUUUGGUACUCUAUUUAAUCUUCUUUCAGUGUCAAUGCUGUGAAUGUGGAAUGCUAACUCCAGGAGUGAGUUAAUCCUCUUGCUGGUUUGAAAUCAGCAAACUGUUUACUCAGCCACUUAGAAUAGGCCUUCUUUCAGUCAUGAGUUAGUUACCUACCAGGUACCCAACAGUGGGAGAGGAAAAAGAAUUAAACACAUGGUGUAGAAAGGGGGCCUCAUAUAUAUAUUUUUUCAUAAGUAGUUCUUCACAUUAUCUGAAAAUGACUUCUGAACCUCAUUUUAAAAGGAAUCUUAAUGGAUUUUUCCCUUGAGACCUUUGGUUUAUGGGGGUGGGGGACAGGCUAUGCUAAAUGGUGUUCUAAAAUCAAAAGAAUAUUACUGGAUAAUAGUCCCGCCUCCAUCAUCUCCUAUCCCAUUGUCUGAUGAUGCAUUUCUUCGUUUCUUAGUUUGUAGUUUUGUGCCAAACUGGAUGUGUUCAGAAGCAGACCAACAUUACGUGCCAGCAAUCACUUCUGAACUAAAUUCAAAGUCCCCAUUUAGUUAUCUAAGUCUGGGCUUCAUGGCAAAACAAAAAAAGCAGAGCUUUAGGUGAACAAUCUGAGGCAAGGGAAAAUGCUGCUCCUGCCUUUAUAGCUCCUGUUUUAUACUACCUCCUUUUAAAGUUAUUCUAGUGUUAUUUUUUUCCUGUACUCAGGGAACAUUUUGUUACUUUUAAGCUGCCUCAUGCAAGCAUGGGCAAAUUGACAGGGUAUGGUGUCUUUUGGUUUGUAAGUAGGUAUGUGGGGCCAACUUUUAUCAGCAUCCAAAAUUAAUGAAUACAACGAGUUCAUUUUAUUUUUUAAACUUUCAUUAAAAGGCAAAUAAAAUCUAAAGUUGAAACAUCAUCCUUUAUGGUUAUGGAAGAUAUGUCCAGGACUGCAUGAAUUUGAAUCAUUUUAAAAGCCUAAAAAGAUGAUCUGAAAGCCCUUAAGGAAAGUAUUUUGUUUGGUUGGCUUUUGAUGAAUAGGCCCAUAGUUAUUGUAGAUCUUUAGGCUAUAACUAUUUGCUAAUUAUUUACCAGUACAUUUUUACUUUUUCACCUUUUCAUUUUGUUCUUAUACAGAUUUUUUUCAUAAUAAUCCUGUUACCAAAGAAUUUUCAGUAGAAGGUAAAAAUUUGACUAUAAUUUCCCCCCAAAUUGAAUUAACUAGAAAUAUCUAUAGGUAUGAAGCUUAUGUAAGUAGUUACUAACCCAAAAUAAUAGGGUUUAUAUUGAUUGUUGUAGUUAAAUAGACUAGUAAUUUCAACUACCUUAUUGUUACCAGAGCAUUUAAAAUAAGUUCUUUACCAGCAGAUAGUUCCAAAGAAUUCCAAGUGUAAUUUUUUUUUCUUCAGCAAAUAAAUCUUCAUAUACAGUAUUAAAGUAUUUUUAAAUUGUUGAAACUACUUGUUGGAGAGAAAAGAAAAUCUUUUCACCAAAGAUAAAUAUUUUGGUCUCAUUGAAUAAGAUAUUUAGUAUACACCAAAGACUUCUUUUUACUUGGCCAAAGCUAGCUUCUUUGAAGUCUUAAGUCUGAAACUGUAACUAAAACCUGAAGGUUCUCAUCUCUCAUAGUGGUGUUACUUCGUGGUAUUUCAUUCCAACAGGGCUGAUAUGCGAAUAGUAACUGUUUUCUUUUCCAAAGACUUACUUGCUGUAAGUACUGACACACGCAUGCCAUUUUUAUGCCAAAUAUUACAAGAUUCUGCUCAUCAGUAUUUUCAUACCAAAGACCAUUAAAAUAUAUAGAUUAGUCUGUAAGUAAAGAUGAGCAGAUUUGAAAUAAUUUUAUUUAGAGGCUGUUAGGAAUCUAGCUUUAAGUAGCAAAAGAUAUCAAAGGGCUAAGUUUACAUAAUUAAAAGCAAUACGAUUAUGUUGGUAUUUAUCAGUGUUUUUAUUCAAGUACUUUUUAUCAGCAAAUUAAAAAAAAAAACCAAAGAUAUUUAAGGUUAUCUUCACAUAUAGACAUUUAUUUGUACAUUAAACUGUUGUUUCUUGUUUUUAUGUCAACCAAACAUGUCUCUCCAGAACCCAGUCUGUAUCCAAAUAGCAUACAUAGGGACUUUCCACUAAAUCUGCUGAUUCAGCCACAGGAUGUUUUUGCCAAACGAUGUGAUUACUUUCCUAAUCACCUUGAGUGUGAGAUGUCAACAGAAAUCUCAGCAAGUUUUUCCAUUCCAGAGCAUAUGGCAAUCCCUGAAUUUGCCUGUACAGUCUUCCUCUUGUUAAAGCAUUACCUGGUUAACUCAGAGGCUUGGGGCAGUCCCUUAAUAAUAGGGAUGUUCUCACCUGUGGGGAGCAGUGGGCUAUAUAAGCCAAGAAAUCAUAUCACUGUUUAAGUGAGCGUCCUUUGAUAGAUGUUGAAAGUUGUCCGUAAGUUGAAAUAUUUUAACUGCAUCAAGGGAGCCUAAUAUUUCAAAGUUUAGGGGAACCCUAGAUGAAACCAAAAUUUUUUUAAUGAAAUCUGGAGUUUUAUAUUUUGAUUAGCCUAAAAGCAAGGACACAGCUUUAUCCACUAAGUAGCUUAUAAAAGAUCUGCUUUGGCACACCAGGGCAAUUAGAUGCUCAGUGAAAUGCCUUUAUUUGCCUUUGCUUCAAACAAGAACAGUGCCAGCAUUGGAAACAAUGACAGUGAUUUGCAUUAGUUUGUCUAGACUUUGUUAAGGACUUCUGUCAGAAACUUGCUCAUGUUGACUACUCAGGAUCAUUUGUCAAGCCCAUAGGAAGACACCUUUGAGGAGUGUCACAAAAAAAGAUGAAAUUGAAAGUAUCUUUGUCUGCUUUUAAUGCAAGAAUAUCCAGAUGUGGUUCCACUUGAGUGGUGGCUACUGUGAUUCACAUAUAUGUUUAUAUUUCAUUGAAUGUAAAUUUUUAAUACUGAAUGUAAAAGAAAAAGUUCCAAAUAUAUGGAAAAGAGUCAUGAUCUUUCUAAGACUAAACAUAUAUUUUGUAAACUUUGUUCUUGACAAUAUUUCACAUGGAUCUCUGGUAAAAUUGCUUUGGUUUAAUAGUCAAAAUAAUUUUUGUGGGCUGUGAGCACAGAGUAAAGGGUUCUGGAGAUCACCAUAUACAACCACUUGUCUAAAUGUGACUUUUAUUGAUGUUUAGAAGGACACAUACAUAGAAUUCUGUGUUAAGUUGAUUUAUGCUCAGGACAUAAGAUCACAGGCUAAUGCAAUGUGUAUGUUUGCAGGCUUUAAUCUUCUCAGGCAGUUUCCCUUUUUAUGCCUUUGAAAGUGUUUAAGAUUAUGACAGUCUUGCAUUUUUAUCAGAUGCUGUAUUUUCUUAAGGCUGCUGUAACAAAUUACCACAAAGUUAAUGGCCUUAAAACAACACAAAUUUAUUAUCUUACAGUUCUGUAGGUCAGACCUACAGUUCUGUAGGUCUCAGGGGAUAAAUCAAGGUCUGUUUCCUUGUGCUUUUUUUUUUUUUUUUUUCUGGCUUUUAGAGGCUGUGGACUCUUCCCUCCAUCUUCAAAGCCAACAAUGUAGCAUCACUCUGACGCUGAUUCCAUCAUCCCUCCUUUUCUGACCCUAACCAAGAAAGGUUCUCCAAUUUUAAGGACUCAUGUGAUUACAUUGGGUCCACCUGGAUAAUCCAGGGUAAUCUCCCCAUCUCCAAAUCCUUAACUUAAUCACAUCUACAAAGUCCCUUUGCCACAUAUGGUGGUAACAUAUUGAGAGUCCAGGGAUUUGGGUGUGCACUUCUGUGAGUGGCCAUUAUUUUGCCUACACUAUUACUAUAGAAUUUUCACACACAAAAUGUGCAUUACAGAAAUUGGAAGUCUGAUGUACCCCUUAGGGAUCUUCAAAAGUUCAAAGCUAUGAAAACCUUGCAUUAUAGCUUAUCAAAUGUACACAUUAAACUUUCUGUCUAGAUCACUUGCAAAAAACAAUUCAGCUUUAAACUUUUUGAAUAUGUGCUUUGUAAGUUUAACAUCUCAUUUCUGUGUGUUUAACAGAAAGUUUCCUAAGUAUUUGGCUCUUACUUACGGAAGUUCAUCAGAAAUUUUUGAUAAGUGUUCAUAUGGUUGAACUUUCUGCUUUUCCCUCAGGUAAUUAUGUUGUUUGGGGAGGGUUGGGGGAAAAAGACCUCAAACAUAGGGUCUCAGUAGAUGAACAGGGUCAUGCUCAUGUUCAUUCAUUAUCUUCUAAAAGCAUAUUUACAACAUGCGGCCUUUCUACAUUUUUUUAAAAUUUUUGUUUUUGAGAGAGAGAGAGAGAGAGAGAGAAAGAGAGAGAAUAAGUGGGGGAGGGGCAGAGAGAGAGGGAGACACAGAAUCGAAAGGAGGCUCCAGGCUCUGAGCUGUCAGCACAGACAGAGCCUGACAGGGGGCUGGAACCCAUGGACUGGAAGAUCAUAACCUGAGCCAAAGUCAGAAGCUUUAACUGACUGAGCCACCCAGGCACCCCACCACCUUUCUACCUUUUAAAUCAGGUUUAUUUCUUCAGCUUCACCAGCUGUUUUAUUUAAAGUUUGGUAACCCCUUGAUUUCCCAUCAACCUCAGCAAGAGCUUCCACUCACUUUAUCAGCAUGUGCAAAUCCUAAGCAAUGUUAUUUUCCUUGUUAUUCUCUGUGUUUGAUUUCAGUUGUCCCUUUUCCUGGAAAGCUUUAGAUUUCACAGCUCUAGUUGGUUCUAACUCCUGGAUAUUCAAGUGAAGCAUUCUUUCAGUUUUGAAAGAGUUUCUAAUUCUACCUUAAUUUUCAGUAUAUCUUAACUAAGGAGAUAAAGCUAUCUCCAUCAUGGGGUGGAGACCAUGAUGACAUUUUGAGUAGGGACAAGAGUGCUGGUCAUUUGUCAGCUGCUUUUGACUCCAAUCUCUAGGAAGAGAUAAUGUGAUUUAGUGAGCAUUUGCAGUAUGCCAAACACACACUUCAUUUCUGCAAACUACUACAUUCUGCAAAGCAAGUAUUUCCCCCCAUUUUAAAGAUCAGGAAACUGACAUUUAAAAUAUCUAACUUGCCAAAGAUCACAGCUAGUUAAGUGGCUUAGCCAAGAUAGGAUUUCUACUAGGAUACAUUUUCUCAGCUAAGAAAUUAUAUUUAAUUACCAAGGCUCAUGGUACGUUCCACUGUGUCAACACAGCCUGCCCACAUAGUAAUAGCCAACCAACAGAGAGAAGUCUAAGUUGUGUCCAUUUAUUCACAAGGGGAAUUUAGGAGACUGAGCUGUAACUCACCUCCUGUCAUCUCCUAACCUCUGUCUUUUCUCUGUUCAAACUUUCAAUUUCUCUUGCCAAAAUUAUGCCUGAAAACUGAUGCUUGUGCCUAGGGUUGCAUUAGAAAUAGAGUAGUCAUGGUUUCUGGAGUCCCUAUCUAUUAAAGCAUUUGAUAUAUUAAGUAUUCAGAAUUGGAGUUUAUCUUUUGUGAUUUUUCUAUAGUCCCUGUAUCCAAACAGGAAUUUAUUAACUGGAAAAAGCCAGGCGUGUAACCAAUCAUCCUUCCUUGCUAGAUCUGAAGAGUCAGUAGUUUUUAUAUGAAUUACAACCUAAUUAAAUCUUCACACUAAUUUAGGAGGGAGCAAAGUUGAGGGAGGGUCAUAUAAUAGAACAAGUAUUAGUUACUGGAGCACCUAAAUUCUAAUCACUUACCAUUUUGAGAAUUGGCUAGUAAGAAAGUUCCUAACCUACCUCCGUUCCUUCUCUGUCCAUGAAAUGAGGAUAAUUUGUUGUGCAGAAUGAAGCAAUAGUACUUUGAAAACUUAAAAGGAAAUUCCAGUGUAAAUAAUUGUAAUCUGAAAGUCAUUUCUGUGAGGGUGUGAAACAUUUAACAGAUUUUUUUUUUCUUUACAGGUCAGCCUUUUCAAUGACAUUUUUCCUAUGCUAAAAUGAAAAAUGUUUGCAUUGCCCAUGUAGGCACCAAAAACUAACAGACAAAAGUGGUUGUAAAGAUAAAGACUAGCACUCAUCUGUAAUGUAGGAAAAUCUAUAAGAGGAAAUGGGAAUUGACAGUACUUUUUUAGAGUAGUACUAAACAUGAAAUCAUCUACCUCAAUUUAAAUCUUUCAUUUUUUUAAAGAUGAUAUUGUUCUACAUUUUAUUAUGGUGUUAUUUACAUGACUGUAUACAAUUACCAAAUUCCAUCAAAAUUUACUCUUUAAACUGAUGUAUUACAUAAUUUAAACUAUAUAUCAACAAAGCUGGAAAAAAGUAUUCUUCUACAACAUGAUUUUUCAUAGUAAAAAAGUUCAUCAGAGAUAAUUAAGACUUGUUUGAAUAUACCCCAUUCCCUCACAGCUACUAAACUUAAAUAUCUUUCAGGAAUUGCCAUAAAUGAAAUUUCUUAUGAAAAGCAUUCUAUAAAGAGCUUCCUAGCUUAACUUGGAUAGCCUCUGUAAUUAUUCAAUAUCUUGCUUUUUAAAAUAUCAGUUUAAUAUGACUUUUAAAAAAUUAUAUUUACAUUUUAUAUUUAUAUUUGUGUUUAAUGCUUCUCUAUUCCUAUUAGUUUAUAAAGACCAUGAAAACAGGACUCAUGAAUUUUUAAUUUUAGCCUUAGAUGCCUGACAUCAUUCCUGGAAUCCUGGGUAUUCAAGCAAUAGUCAUAAUUCAAACCUAAAGCAAGGACCUCCAGGCUUCUCUUUCCUUACAGUUUCCAUUUAUUGUGGAGGCUUUUUUGGUUAAAAAUUAGACCAUAUACUAGGGAACUUACUUCCAGACUACUACACUGAACAUAGAGUACUAUGAGGUAAGAUGUCAAUAAGGAUCCUACAGCUUCCGAAUCUUGAUUGUAGAGGAAUCGCCAUAGCAGCCAAACUGGUGUUGAUGGUGACAGUCAUCUGGGAACCUUAGUUCCUAUCCAUUGUGCUUAUCCAUGUGGUCUCUCCAGAUAGGCUGGUUCAGGCUUCCCCCACAGCGCAGUGACUGGGUUCCAUUGCCAUGCAUCCUUGAAAAAGACAGGAAGUUUAUUUAUGGAGUGGGAGCUGUAGCUGUUAUUGUGAGUUGGCCUUCAGCACCAAAGAGCAGCUUGAUGGAUCCUCCUUCCUUUUGGCAUCAGUGACUCCCUACCCUCACCAGUUCCGCCCAGGGCCCAAGAGGACACUGGGUAGGCAACUCUGGCCAGGAGCCACUGUGGGGAUAGUGUGCAGGCUCCAGAGUGCAUCAUGUCCCUGGACUUCCCGGGCUGAGCCAUGUCUCUCUGCUCCUCUAAAUCUUUUAUUUUUUUUGAUAUUUUGGCUUCUUAAAGAUUUUAAAGAGUCAAAUAUCCCCAGAGGGGGUAGAUAGGUGAGGAGAAAGUGCAUUUUUAGGGUUCUCUAACAUCUACUUUUUCAAGGUUACCAAACGUCUUAACAGUUCUCUAAACCAUUUGGAGUGAAUUUUCUAGAGGGCAACACCUACUGGCAUCUAUAUGUAGAUUACUUGUCUACCUUUAAAGCUUCUUGGGAAGCAUUAAUGAUUAUCAUGAAUCUGAACAUCUUUGCAGAUUUACUCGUUUAUAUCUUGUAAGUAGUUCAUGGCAUAUAGACACAGUUCUAACUCCUAAACCAUCCUUAAAAAUUUAUGCUACAGAAGUUUAUUUUUCUAUAGAACCAUCUUUAAAACAAUAAAAAUAUUCUAAAUUUUUACCUAAAACCUUCUUAUUCCUGUUACCACAUUCUAUUUAUUCCAUUUGCAAAUGAAAAUGAUUGAUGAUUAGCAACUUGAGCCUGUUAAAGGAAUUUGCAAAGCCUGAAUACACACACAUUGCCUUAGCCUAUCAGUAGAGUAGAGGGCAUAUAUUACCUAAGUUUGUCUGUUUGUUGCUGUUGUUGGACGAAAUUUUAUGUCUGUGUAUGCGCUAUUUUUUCUAUUUUUUUUCAAAGAUGUGAAUUAAAUGAAAGUGUGGGAGCCAGCUAUAUUAUUUCAUAUUAUGGGUGUUCUGGAUCCUUUCACUCUGUAUACCAAUUUCUUGUAAGGGCAGCAUUUGCAGACUAGCUAAUGGACUCUAGAGCUGAGCUAUUUUAAUUUUAUACUUGACUCAGGGGAUCAGCUCUGUGAACUCCAUUGCAUGAAGAAAGCAAAUGUUUGCCUUGAUUUUGAAUGUACCUUUUUAAUGUCUUCUUAAAACUUAUUUUGUUUAAUAAUGUGGGUUUGUUUUCUUUUUCUAGCAUCAUAGUAAAUAUUGCCUAGUAUUUCCCCUCUCCCCAGGGUAGUUUAUAUACUAUCCUACAGGUCAUGCCAAAAAUGAGUAAAAGUUUAAAUGCCAAAAUGUUUAUGAAACUGCUGUCUAAAUACUGAUUGAUUGCACAGUUUAAAUAAAAGUUUUCCUUAGUUAUAAAAAAAAAA